AUGGCAGAUGCAAAAGGUCAGCUAAUCGAUGUACCGAUUCAGCACUGCCUUCGAGAAGGUAUGAAUGUGACAGAUAUGCUGAUCUCAGGUCAUGGUGCUCGCAAGGGUGUCAUUGAUACGGCCUUGCGAACUGCCAACUCUGGAUACCUCUAUCGACGACUAGAUUUCACGGCAUCCCCAGUUGUGGUCCGCAGUGAGGACUGUGGCACUGCAGAGGGUUGGCCUAUGGCCUUCGAGAAGCGAAAAGCGGCAGAGGCCAGUUUCGCAGAUCGGAUCCGCGGCCGUGUGCUGGCGGACGAUGUGCUCCACCCCAAAGAUGACUCGCUGCUGUUCCAAAAGGGGCAUCUCUUGACAGCCGCAGAAGCGGAGGCGAUUGCGCAGGAAUGGAAGGAAUGUCAAGAAGAUGGCCUCGAGGUUCCAGAUGUGAUGAUCAGAACGCCUUUGACCUGCCAACAACGCAACGGAAUUUGCGCCACCUGCUACGGUGAAGACCUUUCGACGCCCGGCAAACUGGCUGCUAUCGGCCAUCCCAGUGGCACCAUUGCAGCGCAGAGCAUGGGGGAGCCCGGGACGCAGCUCACCAUGCGCACCUUCCACACCGGUGGUGCCUUUGAAGGAUCUGCUGGCGAAGGUGUGGUGGCACACUUCACCGGAAAGGUGUCGUUGACCUGCGGCUCCAAGAACAUCUCCAAACAACAUAUCUCCGAGGCUCACAUUGCAGUUGCAAAGUGGAAAAGAUCUCCACAGGGAGAUAUUGGCUGCGUGUUGGCAAAGGCAUGCGUUCUGGAAGUGGAAGGAGAUGGCAAAACUCAAACAGAAGAGUUGGAGCCUGGCUGCUAUGUGAUAGUCCUGGAUGGUGCUGAAGUAUCGUUUGGCCAAGUGCUUUACCAGAAGCCUUUGAAGAAUCCACCCAGUCAAAACGAUCAGGAUGUGGAAGUCCUGAACAAACCCAUCCAAUCGGGCACCAGUGGAGAGGUCUUCAUCCAACGAGCAGAUGCCGAGAGAAAUUGCAUCGAUGGUGGAGAUUUGGUGUGGGUGCUUCAAGGUUCCUGCUUAGAUGUCCAACAGGACAAAGGCUGCAGCCUUGCUGUGCAAACAGGCGACCAGCUGGCUGCGGGACAACCCAUUGUCCAGGAAUGGGCCCAAACGAUGCAGCAAGGGGUGCCACGUUUCCAGGAGCCGCCGAGGACAACAAAGACGAAGGAAGCACUGUGCAUGCGCACCGACUUUGAUUCCUUCGAGCUGCCUGCGCAACAAACCACCGAGUAUGUCGUCCGUGGAAAGAUCCCUGGGGCCUUGCAAGAGGACUAUCAUGGCAACUUACCGGGAGUGAGGAAAGACCUGCAAAAGGGACUGGCGCGGUCCUUCAAAAAUGCGGCAAAGAUUCGCAAGGACACCGUGGAAGCGCCCGUGCAGGUGAAGGUCUUCACGCAGGUGUGUCAAGAUGACGCAACCGGGAGAACCACAGUGCGGACAUUAUGCAACGCUCCAUCACAGGGCACAGGCACCGUCUUGAGCCCCACCUGCCGAGAAUUCUCCGUAGAUCAGCUUGCACCUUCUGGUGGUUUGGUGUUGCAAGUGGAUUGGGAAGGUGCAACUUCAGUGCUUUGGUCGCCGGAGGAAACCAUCAAAUUCUCCAGUCACUCGCAUCAGGACAUCAGAAAUAAGCACGAUGAAUGCAUUGGAGUGGGGAGGGAGCUCCUCUUCAAACGUUCCAAUGGCAACUUCGACGUAGAGACCCAGGAGAGCGGCACAGUGGUGCGACGCUGUCGACAGAGGGUCUACUACUCUGCAGACCUGGACAACUUGGAAGGAGAUCACUGGGAGUGUGCCAUCAAGCCAGGGCGAGUUUUCUUCGCUCCUGGUGAGUACUUCAGCGAGGGAGAUUGGUGGGAUGCUGCUGAAGACGGAGUCUAUCUACACCAGAGAGCUAUUCCGCCCCAAGUGCCCGUCUGCUCAAAGCUUCCCUCGACCAAAGCUCACGAUGAUUGGAUUGUUGUCGAAAUCUUGGAUGAUCCGCGCUCCAAUAAGAAUGUUCGCGUUCUCCUAAGACAUACUCGUCGUAUCGAUUUACCGAAGCAUCCAAUGCCAAUGCCAAUGCCAGCAGAAUCUCAGACCAUGAGAUUCUGGGACGUGCCCUACCAUGGUGAAGUAGUGGAAUCACCAGCAGCCAUCAUCUUGGCUCAUGAGAUCCUGGCCAGUGUUGGUCGCCAUCCAAAAGAUCUGCACUGCGCUACCGUAUCACCAACUGGUCAACUUGUGCAGAGCAGCGGUACUUUUCACUGCGGAGCAGGAGACACUCCGUUGGACGAGUCUUCUGUUUGGAAACCUGGUGACCUUUGUGUGGUGCAGCACACUCCACUGGGUCCAUCUCGUGCUGCUGCCGCAGAUUCACAGUGGCAACUGGCUGAGCCGGGACAUGAGCUUUGCACAGGCUCUGAGCAGUUGAUUCCUAGACGCGCAAUCCCCUCACAGACAGGUGGAAUCGUGUGCAGAGCGCAGCUUCACGACACUCAAGAUUCUCGAAGGCUCACCACGGUGGUUUUGAAUGGCGAUGAUGUCAUCCGAGUGCCGUGUCAUGCGGAGCCCACCUGCCGUGUUGGAGACUUGCUGCGUCGCCAUGAUCCUCUCAGUGCCAAAGAGCACUGUCCGCAACCGGGACAGGUCCUAUCGAUCCAAGAGGUGAAUGAAGAGUCUGGGAAAUACUGCGUGCUGCUACGAAAAGCUGCUGCAUACCUGGUGACCAACAAAGGUAACAUCCAGGUGAAGAAUGGGUCUGUGGUGCAGAUGGGAGACAUCUUGGCCACGGAACCGAUGCCAGUGCCUCGCACCUCCGACAUCGUACAAGGCCUUCCGCGUAUCGACAGACUCUUUGAGGCGGCUGGAGGGCAGCACCAAAAGCGCAUCGAUGAGAUUUUCGCUGAGGAGAUUCAGCAUCGCUCUGGACUGGAUGCUGCGAUUCAUGCUCGCUUCAGGUUUGAAAAUGAACUGGUCAGCGAGAUUCAGUCGGCCUACGGCGAGCAAGGUGUAGGCAUUAGCAGCAAGCAUAUUGAGGUGGUGGUGCGCCGGAUGACGGAAAAGUGUCAAAUUCUCAAGGGUACCAGCGGGUUGCCACCUGGCACAACGCUGCAAUACGCGCAGUUGGAAGCGCUUUGCGCACUUCAGCCCAGUGGAGAGGUGCAGGUCCGACCAUUGGUGAUGGGCUUGACGGAAGUGGGCAGAGACAACAGCCACGUGUUGAUGGCGAUGGGUUUCCGGGAAGUUGACAACGUCCUCACCAGCGCUGUUUUGCAUGGCACAGGCCGGCAUGCCCUGGACGGUGUGAAGGAGAACCUCAUGAUUGGAAAAGCAGCAAGUGUUGGAAGUCGCACAAGCUCCAAGAAGCAGUGUAUGGAGUUUGAUCUUUCCAGAAUUCCCAAAUGGGGAAACGACUGA